UGCGGGCUCUGAAGUGAAAGCUGAAAGGACACCCCGCGGUCCUCUAGCUGUGACCUGGAAGUUCCCUCAGCCACGUCUGGGUCUAAACCCUUGCGAUUGCCGCUGGUUCUCAGCACCCACAUUUUUAACUCUUAGUAAAUUCUGAAAAGCUCACGAUUUGCUACCUUGCAGCCUUAGUUUUGCUGGCACUUAGAUUCUAUCACAGUCUUUGCUAGGCAAAACCGUCUCCCAGUCGGGGCAGGUAGGACCUGACAGGUCAAGAACCAGUGCUUGUUUCUACCCGCAGAGAUUUGCCUUUUCCAAUAGGAACAUAUGAUGAGCCCAAGUAGCUGAAAGAAAGCUUGAGUGAAGGAGCCCUAGCUUUGGGAUAAGUGUGGUUUAUUCGAGCAGUCUGUUUUUCAAACUGAAAACACAGUAUGGAAGUUCAGCUAUGGAAAGGUUUCUUACACACAACCAGGCAACCACAGAUGAACCUUAACCCUGUGAGCAGCACGGCAAGUGAGCAUCUCUAAUGCUGCGUCACCUUCCUCGUCAAACCGGUCUGCUUCACAUCAUCUCUCCUGCUACUGCCAUCCAACAGUGGCGAUCUGAAGGAAGGGUAGCUGCAUGGCUGCACGUCCCCAUCCUGCAAAGCCAUUUCAUCGCCCCUGCCGCUUCCCUGGGCUUCCACUUCCACCACGCAGAAUCCGAUUCCUCCACACUGACCCUCUGGCUGGGAGAAGGACCCAGCAGACUGCCAGGAUACGCUACACACCAAAUAGGAGUUGCAGGUGCUGUGUUUGAUGAUAGCACCAGAAAAGUGCUGGUUGUACAAGAUCGAAAUAAAUUGAAAAAUAUGUGGAAGUUUCCAGGAGGCCUGUCAGAGCCUGGAGAAGAUAUCGGUGACACAGCAGUCCGAGAGGUGUUUGAAGAGACUGGGGUGAAGUCAGAAUUCAGGUCUCUGCUGAGCAUCCGGCAGCAGCACAGGCACCCUGGAGCCUUCGGGAAGUCAGACUUGUACCUGAUCUGCCGCCUGCAGCCGUGUUCCUUCACUAUCAACUUCUGCCGGCAGGAAUGCUUGAAGUGUGAAUGGAUGGAUCUAGAAAACCUGACCAGGACUAAAAACACAACCCCCAUCACCAGCAGGGUAGCUAGGCUAUUGCUGUAUGGACACAGGGAAGGGUUUGACAAAAUUGACCUCAGCAUGGAGGAACUCCCCGCAGUGUACACAGGCCUGUUCUACAAACUCUAUCACAGGGAACUGCCAGAGAGUUACACAGCCACAACGGGGACAGAGUGAGUGAACCAAAGGUGGACACGGUCUGCAGCUAAUACCUGGCACCGGCUUUCUCACAUACAUGAUUUGUAAAUGCACAUAGUUUACAAAUCCUCUUUUCUAAUAAAGAAAAUAAAUGAAAAAUAUUGUGGCUCUAAUCAUCACUG